GUUAUUUGGCCAUAUCUGAAUUUCACUUCUGACUGCAAUGGCCUUCGCGCCCAAGGCUGGCUGCCCAUUGUGUAGCAUAGUGAGCUCCGCAGUGCACGACCCUCUCAUCUCGCCGCGCUCUCCCACCUCUGUUCGCGAAACGGACCAGCCAAAGAUUUUGUGGAGAGACGACAACUUCACCGUGUAUCGUGAAAAGGCAAAUCCAGUGUCGAGCGCCGGACAUGUAAUAAUCGCUUUCAAUCUCCAUGUUCCCUCAAUAUAUACCCUUUCAUCCUCAGAUUUACCCCUCCUGGUGAACCUCAAAAGUCUAGCCACACGAUUCCUCAAUUCUAUGCUACCCUUGUCUUCGCCAGCAACGUCGCCGACUGGCGCAACCCCCCUGCACCUGACCUCGAGCAACUUUCGCAUCGGAUUCAUCACGCCUCCGUUCAGAGAUGGCAAGAUCCCAGUGACCGACCAUCUUCACGCCCAUGCAUACAUUAUGCCUGCUGAUCUUAUGGGCUGGUGGCGUGGCGUUGCAUAUGGUCCACUUGCCUGGUACGCUAUAGAUGACCUCAUUGCAGAAAUAAGAGAGUCUACCUCGAACAACCGCGUCAAGUCAGGCUACGAUAAUCGCAGAGUUGCUCCCAUAGAUUUCGUACCUUCAGCAGGUUCCAGAACAGGUACUGCCAGUGGCAUCGAAACUACAGUUCAGGGUUUAGGUCGCCCUGACGCUGAGCUGGAAGCAGGCGAGGCGUCUCCUCUGAGCCUCUCGCCACAGAUCUCGCCCUCUUCCCUUAAUUUGUCUCCGCCCCUUCGUGUCUAGCUCUCAUUGUCAUUUGUAUACUUCCUUGAUACUGUUGUCAUUCACUCGUCAGUUUCCAGCCUUUGUGUUUCUUAAGGAAUAGCAUUUCUUGUACUCGACGAUACCUACAUGGACCUAGUUUUGUGUGUUUAUACAAGAAAUACG